GGGUGGCUUCCGUGCCCGCCUGCUGCCUCCGCCACUGCUGCCGCGACGCUCCGCGGCCCUGCCGUGGCCCCGGCAACGCGAGCGUGGUGCGAAGCGGACGGCGGUGAGCCGCCAUCUUGGUUCCCCCUAAAGGACUCUAAACGUCUGAUUCAGUGGUUGAAAGCUGUUCAGAGGGAUAACUGGACCCCCACUAAGUAUUCGUUCCUCUGUAGUGAGCAUUUCACCAAAGACAGCUUCUCCAAAAGACUGGAGGACCAACACCGCCUGCUCAAGCCCACAGCUGUGCCCUCCAUCUUCCACCUGACUGAGAAGAAGAGGGAGCCUGGGGGCCAUGGCCGUGCCAGGAGAAAGGACGCCAGCAAGGCCUCAGGGAUUGUGAAAGGUCACCCGAGCACAGCAGCAGGGAAAGUAGCCCCGGGUUCCUCAUCAUCCUCAAGUGGAAACUCCAUGGCCAAGCCUGAGUCCCGCAUGUUGAAGCGAGCUGCUUUGCAGGGGGAGGCAGUGCCUCAGGCUGACCCGGACACUGUGGGUCGGGGGCAGGUGCAGGGGUCUCUAGAAAGAACACCAGGCAAUCAAGGUGAGGCAGAGACAUCUGCUGCAGACUCCCAUGACCAGAGUGCUGCUUCCUCCAGCCCCGGGCCAGGGGCAGACAAGAGUGGCAUUUCUGUGGAUGACUUUACCCCUCCAGGAUCUGGGGCUUGCAAGUUUAUUGGAUCGCUUCAUUCUUACAGCUUCUCUUCCAAGCACUCUCGCGAGAGGCCAUCCGUCCCCCGUGAGCCCAUUGACCGAAAAAGGCUGAAGAGAGACGUGGAGCCCAGCUGCAGUGGGAACAGCCUUGGGCCUGACAAGGGCUCAACCCAGAGUCCCCCAAGCUCCUCGCUCACAGCCACACCACAAAAGCCUUCCCAGGGUCCCUCGGCCCCUCCAACCGACGUCACCCCAAAGCCAGCUGCAGAAGCUGUGCAGAGUGAGCACAGCGAUGCCAGCCCUAUGUCCAUCAAUGAAGUCAUACUGUCAGCAUCAGGGGCCUGCAAGCUUAUCGACUCACUGCACUCCUACUGCUUCUCAGCACGGCAGAACAAGAGCCAGGUGUGCUGCCUGCGGGAGCAGGUGGAGAAGAAAAAUGGUGAGCUGAAGAGCCUGCGCCAGCGUGUCAGCCGCUCUGACAGCCAGGUGCGCAAGCUGCGAGAGAAGCUGGACCAGUUACGGAGAGCGAGCUUCCCCUACCUGAGCGGCCUGCUGCCGCCCAGCCGUGAGCCUCCCAAGAUGAACCCUGUGGUGGAGCCACUGUCCUGGAUGCUGGGCACCUGGCUGUCAGACCCGCCAGGGGCUGGCACCUUCCCGACACUGCAGCCCUUCCAGUACCUGGAGGAGGUGCACAUCUCACACGUGGGCCAGCCCAUGCUCAACUUUUCGUUCAACUCCUUCCACCCGGACACACGCAAGCCCCUGCACAGGGAGUGUGGCUUCAUCCGUCUCAAGCCGGAUACCAACAAGGUGGCCUUUGUGAGUGCACAAAACACAGGCAUCGUGGAGGUGGAGGAAGGCGAGGUGAACGGGCAGGAGCUAUGCAUUGCGUCCCACUCCAUCGCCAGGAUCUCCUUCGCCAAGGAGCCCCAUGUGGAGCAGAUCACCCGAAAAUUCCGGCUGAAUUCUGAAGGCAAACUUGAACAGACAGUCUCCAUGGCAACCACUACACAGCCAAUGACCCAGCAUCUUCGAGUCACCUAUAAGAAGGUGACCCCCUGACACGGAGCAGGCUGCAGCGCCUAGGGACCCUGGGGUCGUCACAGCAGCAAGUGUCCUGCUGUAGAUGAUGGAGGGUGGUCCAGGGGUUGCUGUAACGGCAUAGAGAAACCAAAUAAAAGGCCUUUAUUUUUAUGGCUGAGAAUUUUGGAUAUUA